AUGCUAGGGGCGGUGGAUAUGAUCCUCUGGCAGUUGGAAGCGGAUGAAGAGGAUGACUAUCACAUUGAUGCCCCAUACGACUACAUCGAUGCGGACACUGCAGCCCUUAUUACACCAGCGAUGGAUACAUGUUGGCGCAACCACUGCGCCGUCACCAGCGUUGUUGACCACCCCGUCACGGUCUUAGUGAUCGUUCUCGACUCCUGGUGCUUCAGCUAUAAUGACAAGAGUGAUGGUGGCCAGGUGAAGGAGCUGCUGGAGAAAAUAGAAAAGAUGGUGGCAGGAAACAGAGGCCUUCACUUUGACUUUGAAGCAAAUGUUGUGAAAAAACUGAUGAUGAGGAAGAAGGAAGAUGAGAGAAGAGCAGAGGAGAGGAAGAUGAAGGUGCAGAAGCACAGAGAGACUCUCAGAUCAUCAGGUGGUGCUCCACAUAUCUCAGACAUGAGAAUCGUACUGCUGGGAAGCAGAGCGGAGGGGAAGAGUUCAUCAGGAAACACCAUCCUGGGAAAAGAGGAGUUUGAUACCUCAGGACAAACAGCUGAGUGUGUGAGGAGAGAGGGAGAAACAGCAGGGAGACACAUCACUGUAGUGGAGGCACCCGGAUGGAUUAAAAAUAAUUCUGUAGUGGACACUCCUGAACGUGUUAAACAAGAGAUUGUCGUCAGUGUGUCUCUGUGUCCUCCAGGACCCCAUGCUGUACUGCUGGUCAUUGAUGUGGUUCAGUCAUUCACAGAUACAGACAGAAGAGCAGCGCAGGAACACCUGGAGCUUCUGGGUGAGAGAGUCUGGAGUCACACUAUAGUGUUGUUCACCUCGGGGGACUGUCUGGGAAACACAACCAUUGAGCAGCACAUCGAGAGAGAAGGGCUAGCUCUGCAGUGGGUUGUAGAGAAAUGUGGGAACAGGUAUCAUGUUGUAGAUAAUAAGAAGAGCGAUGGUGACCAGGUGACAGAGCUGCUGGAGAAGAUAGUAGAGAUGGUGGCAGGAAACAGAGGCCAUCACUUUGACGUUGAAGCAAAUAUUGUGAAAGAACUGAUGAUGAGGAAGAAGGAAGAUGAGAGAAGAGCAGAGGAGAGGAAGAUGAAGGUGCAGAAGCACAGCGAGACUCUCAGAUCAUCAGGUGGUGCUUCACAUAUCGCAGACAUGAGGAUUUUACUGCUGGGAAGCAGAUGGGAGGGGAAGAGUUCAUCAGGAAAAACCAUCUUGGGAAGAGUGGAGUUUGAUACCUCAGGAAAAACAGCUGAGUGUGUGAAGAGAGAGGGAGAAACAGCAGGGAGACACAUCACUGUAGUGGAGGCACCCGGAUGGAUUCGCACUCGUUCAGUAGUGAACACUCCUGAACAUGUUAAACAAGGGAUUGUCCUCAGUGUGUCUCUGUGUCGUUCAGGACCCCAUGCUAUACUGCUGGUCAUUGAUGCGAAAGAUUCAUUCACAGAGACAUACAGAAGAGCAGUGCUGGAACACCUGGAGCUUCUGGGUGAGAGAGUCUGGAGUCACACUAUAGUGCUGUUCACCCGUGGGGACCGGCUGGGAAACACAACCAUUGAGCAGCACAUCGAGAGAGAAGGAAAAGCUCUGCAGUGGGUUGUAGAGAAAUGUGGGAACAGGUAUCAUGUUGUAGCGAAUAAGAAGAGCGAUGGUGGCCAGGUGACAGAGCUGCUGGAGAAGAUAGAAGAGAUGGUGGCAGAAAACAGAGGCCAUCAUUUUGACUUUGAUAGAAAAAUUAUGAAAGAACUGAAGAUGAAGAAGAAGGAAGACAAGAGAAGGGCAGAGAAGAUGAAGAUGGAGAAGCACAGAGAGACUCUCAGAUCAUCAAGUGAGAGAAAAGGUUCAGCCGUCGAACCAGAAAUGUACUUACCACAGCUCGAUGGUGGCCAGCUGCUGGAGGAGGUGAAAGAGAUGGAAAGAGGUGGUGGACAGAUUGGAGAAGACCUACCGGAUGACUCCUCAAGGGGAGAUGCUGGAUAUGACUCUGAUAAAUCAAGACUUGAAUCUAAGCUCAUAAAGUCCUUUAAGCAGCUGAGCGCUGCUGCCUCGACUCAAAGCUUUGAACAACAGAAGCUUCCCUUGAUACCAGCAGAUAGAAAAGCAUGUGCAGAGCAGAAAGUCUUCGAAAGAAAAGUUCCAUUUGUGGAUGUGUCGACAAUAUCUGUAAAUGAUGAUGAACUCAUCGGACGUGGCUCCUAUGGAACAGUUUACAGAGGAUCAUACCAGGGAACUCCUGCUGCUGUCAAGAAGAUAAAAAUAGGCAACAAUCCAGGGCUUACAAAUGAAUUUAUUAUACCUGGGCGUUUGUCUCACCCCAACAUCGUACGGAUGAUUGCUGUAGCCAGAAGUGAGACACACGUCCUCAUUGCUAAUGAGUAUAUCCAUGGUGCCAACUUACAGGAGGUUCUUUACAAAGACACUGCCAUCAAGGGCCCCAACAGAGAGCAGACCCCUUGA